AUGCAUAUGUUACACCAACAUCCAAAAAAGCAAUUAAUUUGCUUAUUUUUCAUUCUUGUCACACAAACAGUAUGCGGUCCUAUUAAAGAAUCUGUCUUAAGUAUACGAUGUAGUAUUCUACGUGAAAAUUGUACUCUCAUUCCAAAUAAUUCAUUAUCUAAUUCAUUUUCAUCUUCUUCAUAUUCUCAAAAUCAAACACCACAAAUAAACCGUCAACGUGUAACCCCAUCGCUAACUAUAUCAGCAUUUCGUCAAGAUUCAACAUCAAAAAGUAGACCAGUAGGUGAUUUAGAUUCAUUUAGUGAUAAUUUAAAACGUGCUGCUUUAAUAUUGGCUGGUAUUGCACUUGGUCUUGGUAUUCUUCGUAUAUGUUUAAUGUUGUGUAAAUCUCGUUCUCCGAAUAGAUCAUUUUCUAAUCGUCAUUCAGCUACUGUUCGACCUCAAAUAUCUACUAUUGAACGUCAUCAAUUUAAACCAGAUUUGCCACCAGCAUAUGCUGAAGCAGUAACUAAUAUAGAGAAUGCUGGUGGUAAAUUACCAUCGUAUGAAGAAUUGCCUUAUGAACAACGACAAGAACAACAAGUGAAUAAUAGUGAUGGAAUUAUUUCAACACCAAUGUAA